CUCUGGGUGACAUCCACCGACAUCCCAAAACCCAAAUGUUGAUAUAUCAGUCAGAGCAACCACUUAUCCAUGAAACCGUCACAGAGGCUCUGAUAACUUUUGGCUGCAAUUGGUUGAAACAGAUGGAAAAAUCAACAUUGUUGCUGGCUAGCAGUCCAAUUGAUCAAAUUAAAGCUUCAUUAGCAUUGACAAAUGAAGUUUUGUUGCUACUUGGAGAGCCUUUGGAAUUUUAUAAUAGAAUUUUCCUGAAAGAAAUGAAAGUUCAUUGUUACAAGCAAGUUUAUGGAAGCUUGGUAAGAGAACUAAUAUCGUCUCUCGAACCAGUCCUUACCUGCAUAUGCAAGAGGCUUCUGAAAGAGCCAGAUACAGGAGAGAGUGCUGAAGAACUGUCUUAUGAUUUUGGACUUGGGUCUAAUCUUCUAAAAGUAUACACCAACCUCUGCCAGAUAAAUUUCCUCGGUAGAAGAUCAGAAUCCGCGACCCAAGAGACAGGCAUUGAGUCACAUCACCAGUGGUUCAUCCCCGCUGUGCACCAUUGGCUCGCAUACACUAACAAUUUGGCACUGCAGUGUGUGGAUAAAGCGGUUGAGAAAGAUUCCUUUGAGAGAAUGAAUGACCAUUGCCACUUUAGUGCUUCAGCUACAGAUACGGCAUCGCUGUUUCAUAAUGUAAAGGUCUGGUGGCAUAAAAUAGCGUGGGAUGAUCAGACAACUAAUGACUUGAUUCCUGUAAGGAUUUUAGAAGACCAGUGCGAUGUUGCCAAGCAUUACUGUCAACUUAUGUUUGAUGUCAUGGACUCUGUCCUCGAACAGAAUGAGGGUCGAUCAUGGAUUGGGGCAAAGAUUCCAGUAGUUGUGGCCAAUAUGGAAUACAUUAAUAAAGAAGUAGGUAAACUGCCAAAAACUUUUGGUUUAGACUCUCUGAAGAAUGGAACUAACAGUACAGUGAAGAAUCUGAUUGAAAAUGUCCAAGACACGAUAAACCUUUGGAUAAAUCAGUACUUGGAAGCAGUUUUAAGGAAGGUGAAACCUACUAUCAAAACAUCACUAGACAAUGCAUGCGAAAGUGGGGAUGUUUCAGAUCUUUUGAAUAAUUUGUUGGAUCCAGCUCUUAGUGUGCUGUGCAGUGACCUCCCAAGAUCACAUUUUCUUAACUUUUUAGCCAGCCUUUGGGACUGCAUUGUUCUCCUUCUCCAGAUGAAGUUGAAAGAUGAAAGUAAGAUAAGGAAGAAUGAUUACUUUGAGCAGAUGAGCUAUGUGUUAAAUGAAAUUUUGAAAUGUUUUACACCAUCAACUGACAUUGGACUGGAUGUCAGGGCAAAAACACCAGGUUACAUGUCUCUUGUGCAAGAACUGGAGCUUUUGAAGUUAGACACAAAUGAGCUCAUCAGCCAUUACUAUCAAAACCGAUGGAAGGAACAGCAAGACCUACAACAACAGGAAACGACAGCGACAUUAGUUGUAAGAACCCACUUUUCGGAUAGUGGAACACUGAAUGUUUCAGUCAUCAUGGCAGAUGACAGGGCCACAGCAGAGGAAAAUAACAAAUUGAUAACAGCUUUGCCCUCAUAUUAUGUGAAGUUAGAGCUUAUUCCUGAAGACUGGAGUUUAAGAAGAAGUGAAAAGACACAGGCCCUAAGAGAAAUUCCAGCAACUUUUGAUGAGGAUUUUGUCUUUGAAAACUUGGAGGAUAAUGAUAUAGAAAAGGGCUUUUUGGUGCUGAGAUUCCUGGAGCAGCAUGUCAUUCACUCUAAUAUUCUCCUUGGUGAAGCUGUGAUACCCCUAGCCCAUAUCCAUAAAAAUUCUGAUGACAUAAAGAAUAUGUACCUGCAGCUAGAUACACCUUGUCUUGAUUCAAUUGCCAGAAGCCUGCAGAUUCUCAAUUACAGAAGACGAGAGUCCACGGCAUACGACUUUCUUAAGAAGCUGGAGAAAAGAUACCCUGAGACGAAAAAACACUUCAGAAAUUUGCAGACAUAAAAGUCAAAUGGCUUACCGUGCUAUUUGCAAUUGAAAAUUAUGUUCCUAUUAGAUAUAGAUUUCCUAUUUCUCUCUUAGUGAUCGUAUGGGGUCAUGGUGCUGAAGUAAAAGAGUUUAAACAAUAAAUCAAAGAUAGAAAUAAAAUAGAAAUAAAGUACAAUGAUUUCAGUUACGUGUUGUGUGUGUGUGUGUGUGUGUAUGUGUGUGUG